CACACACACACACACACACACUCUCUCUCUCUCUCCCUCACUCAUGGCUUCUUCCCCACAGAAGGUGCUGAAAGUGCUUGAAGAAUGGAAAAUCUCUCCACCACAAGGCUCAGUCCCUUCCACCACCUUACCACUCACCUUCUUCGACAUUCCAUGGCUUCUCGUUCCCCCAUCCCAACCCCUCUUCUUCUUCCCCCUCGCCACCACCGCCGCCACCUUCACCCACUCCAUCCUCCCCACCCUCAAGCUCUCCCUCUCCAUUGCCCUCCAACGCUUCUUCCCCCUCGCCGGAAACCUCUCAGCCCCGCCGCAGCCCUCUAAGCCCCAGCUCACCUACUGCCUCGGCGACUCCGUUUCCUUGACCGUCGCCGAGUCCAACGCCGACUUCGUCCACCUCUCCGGCCACCACCCCAGAGCCGCCCAUGAGGUCCACCGCCUUGCGCCGCCGCUGCCACUUCCGUCCUCUCUCCUCGCAGUCCAAAUCACUGUCUUCCCAGUGAGCGGCGUUUGCAUUGGCUUCGCAUUGCGACACGUGGCGGCAGACGGUAGGACGUUCCACAACUUCUUGAAGGCUUGGGCGUCCAUUCACAGACUGGGACUUGGGCUCGACAGUCUCUCGCCGAGCCUCAAUCCGAGCCUCGAUAGGCUCGUGAUAAGAGAUCCGAACCUGCUCGAGGCUGUCUUGUUGAAGCAAUGGUGGAGCCUAAGAAGUUCUCAAGGGCAUUUCAUGGCGGACAGAGGCGUGAGUUCAGAAGACAUGGUUCGGGCCACUUUUGUUAUGGGUCGACCCGAGAUGGACAAGCUCAAGCAUCUGAUCCUGAUCCGGUCCAAGAAAUUAUUCGGGUCCGACCCGUUGUACCUAUCCCCCUAUGUGAUUGCUUGUGCAGUUAUAUGGGUGUGUUUGACCAAAGUGAACGGAGGCGGCUCCCCCGAGGAGCCACAUUACUUCGGGUUCAUCGCGGGCGGCAUUACCCGGUUGGGUUAUUCGGUACCCGUCAAUUACUUGGGUAACUGCGUUUCCUUUGGCCGAUCGACUGCACAGGGGGCUGAGUUGGUGGGAAAAGACGGCAUUGUGGUUGCGGCGAAAGCCAUAGGCGACACGGUGAAGAGGUUGAACGGGGCGGUGUUGGGAGGCGCGGAGAGUUGGAUCUCGGAUUGGAAGGAGAUGUUCGGUUCGGAGCUCCAUGUAAUGGUUACCGGGUCUCCGAAGUUGGAUCUUUACGGUUUGGAUUUCGGUUGGGGCGGGCCCAAGAAGAUAGAGGAAAUAUCGAUAGAUAGGACGGGGGCAGUGUCUCUGGCUCGGAGUACAGGCUUGGAAGGGGGCAUUGAGAUAGGUUUGGCCCUCCCUACUGCCAAAAUGGAAGCUUUUAGUUCCCUAUUCAAUUGUUUCUAAAUGGUGUGUUAGUUUUGCAUUUUGCUAAAAUAAUUUCCCAUUAUCCUGAAUUUUAAUGGCCUGUCGCUGGAUUUUUUUUUUCUUUCUACAUAUUUAUUGUUUUUUUAGUACAUUUAUUAAGACUCUUAUAAUAA